UCAAAGUUGUUCAAUUGAGAAACAAUUGUUAAAUAAUUUCUUCUGUUUUCCUCCAUUCGGAGAUAAUAUUAUUAUAUCUUGCGAGGAGGAAGAUUGAAGAAUAUCAAAUAAAAAUGGUGUUUACUGGAACCCUCGACAAAUGCAAGGCAUGUGAAAAAACUGUGUAUGUGGUUGAUAUGGUGUCAGCUGACGGAAUUCCUUAUCAUAAGACUUGUUUCAAAUGCAGCCAUUGCAAUGGAAAACUUAUGAUGGGAAGGUUUUCAUCUUUGGACGGAGUACUAUAUUGCAUGCCACAUUUUGAGCAACACUUCAAGAAAAAUGGAAGUUAUUCCAGUAACAAAUCGCAAACAUAUGCAAAACCCGAAUUGAGUAAGAGUGCUAGCAAACUCUCAUCAAUAUUUUCGGGAACCCAAGACAAAUGCGCUACUUGUAAAAAAACUGCAUACCCUCUUGAGAAGAUAGUUGUAGAGGGAGAAAAUUAUCACAAGUCAUGCUUUAGGUGUGCAAAAGGAGGUUGCUUCCUCUCUGCAUCAAACUAUGCUGCUCUGGAUGGAUAUUUGUAUUGCAAACCUCACUUUGCUCAACUGUUCAAGGAAAAGGGAUCGUAUAAUCACCUAACAAAAUCAAUUACAGUGAAGAGAAAUGAUUUUUCUCCUCCGUCUCUUGUAGAAGAUAUGAAGGACGCAACUCCAGAACUUGAAGCGGCAGCACAAGAUGAAGAGAGCGAAUCAUUACAAAACUAGUGAUACGUUAUAGUAUAUAUCAAAUGCGACUUUUGUCCACCUUGAAAUUUCACCUUCGUUAUUGGUCAUGUGUGGAUCAUGUUACACACAAGGUUAUGGUUUAAUCUUGCAUUAGAUGCUCAUUUUUUACAAUUUUUUAUACGAGUUUAAAAGGCAAAAAAUAGUGUGCUUUAUUUUCUGUAUGACACUAUAGAGAUAUGAUGAAGGUAAGAUGUGAGGUUGAAUAACAACUUUUAUACUUGAGGACGUGAAACAACAUUUGAUGAAAAUGAAUGACAUCGAGGUGCAUUUGUGAGUCUAUGACCAUAUUUAGAUUUGGAAUGAGAAUGUAAUUUUUUGUAAGUUGUAUAAAUAUAAUGAACAAUAUGGUUCUACUUUAUGUGAA